AUUGAUAUUAUUGGAAUUAUAAGUCUUAUUUUGGAUAUCAAAAAUAAAUGUUUUAGUUUGAUUCUUUUUCAUUGUUUCACUUCUAUUCUAGUUUUUCUACCAUUUAUAAUUAAUCAGCAAUGGCGGAACGGAACGAGGCAAACGGUCAUGGGGUGGUCGUCUAUGACUUCUGGAACGACGCCGUUGUCCAGUCGGACUCCUCUGUUUCCAUGGGUUUUCCGGCGGGCGGGUCGUCUUCGUCGGAAUCGCUGUUUUUCUGCGACGGCGAUGGCUCCGCCGGGAAGGGGGAGGCCGGGAGAGUGCCGCCCCUGAAUAGCCGCCGUGGAUCUGGUGCUAGAAACUCUGCUUCCGGCGGCAGAGUGUUCCCCUGCCUCUACUGCCCCCGCACGUUCUGCACCUCCCAGGCUCUCGGCGGCCACCAGAACGCCCACCGGCGCGAGAGAGCCGCCGCCGGCCGCCGUCGAGCGCUCUGUCCCUCCGCCGCCGUGAACCAGUACUGCAGUCCGAAUAUCACUCCCGAGCAGCUUCCCUCUUCCGCCACCGCGGGCUAUUACUGCUUCCAACCUCCCAUGCUCCUCCAGCACCCGCCCGCCGGCGGCGCCGGCGGGUUCCUCCCAAUGGACGGCGGGCACCACUUCUUCGCUUCCGGCCCAUCUCAAUCGGCCUUCUGCGAUCUUCUGGCCGACGGCGAAGUCGUCUUUCUGAGCAAUAAUUGUUCCGGGUCGUCGCCGCCGCCCCUGUCAUCAUUGGAGACUCUCUCCCGCCCCAGCGCCGCCGCCACUCCAUCUCCGCCGCAGCAUCUCGAUGACUUCAGCAUUGACCUCUCCCUUCAUCUCUAGACCAGAGAUUAUUACGAGUAAUAAAAACAAUUUUGCUCUUCUUUUUUCCGUAAUUAAAUGUCAUUUUCUUAGAUGGAUUGAUUAAUUAUUGGUUAAUUUCAUCAUAUGUAGCCUAAGCUCGGCAUAUUAUUAAUGCUAAUUAUCAAAAUGUGUUCGUCCUUCUUCAUAUAUUCCGUAAUUAAUUAUUUUAAUUUGCAAACAUUUAUUUAAAUUAAUGUUUUUGUCCGGU